AUGUGCACAGUGCCACGAGGGCUGUCACAGUGCCACGAGGGCUGUCACAGUGCCACGAGGGCGGUCACAGUGCCACGAGGACUGUCACAGUGCCACGAGGGCUGUCACAGUGCCACGAGGGCUGUCACAGUGCCACGAGGACUGUCACAGUGCCACGAGGGCUGUCACAGCGCCACGAGGGCUGUCACAGUGCCACGAGGACUGUCACAGUGCCACGAGGGCUGUCACAGCGCCACGAGGGCUGUCACAGUGCCACGAGGGCUGUCACAGUGCCACGAGGGCUGUCACAGCGCCACGAGGGCUGUCACAGUGCCACGAGGGCUGUCACAGUGCCACGAGGGCUGUCACAGCGCCAUGAGGGCUGUCACAGUGCCACGAGGACUGUCACAGUGCCACGAGGGCUGUCACAGCGCCACGAGGGCUGUCACAGUGCCACGAGGGCUGUCACAGUGCCACGAGGGCUGUCACAGUGCCACGAGGGCUGUCACAGCGCCACGAGGGCUGUCACAGUGCCACGAGGACUGUCACAGUGCCACGAGGGCUGUCACAGCGCCACGAGGGCUGUCACAGUGCCACGAGGACUGUCACAGCGCCACGAGGGCUGUCACAGUGCCACGAGGACUGUCACAGUGCCACGAGGACUGUCACAGUGCCACGAGGACUGUCACAGUGCCACGAGGGCUGUCACAGUGCCACGAGGGCUGUCACAGCGCCACGAGGGCUGUCACAGUGCCACGAGGGCUGUCACAGUGCCACGAGGGCUGUCACAGUGCCACGAGGGCUGUCACAGUGCCACGAGGGCUGUCACAGCGCCACGAGGGCUGUCACAGUGCCACGAGGACUGUCACAGUGCCACGAGGACUGUCACAGUGCCACGAGGGCUGUCACAGUGCCACGAGGACUGUCACAGUGCCACGAGGGCUGUCACAGUGCCACGAGGACUGUCACAGUGCCACGAGGGCUGUCACAGCGCCACGAGGGCUGUCACAGUGCCACGAGGACUGUCACAGUGCCACGAGGGCUGUCACAGCGCCACGAGGGCUGUCACAGCGCCACGAGGGCUGUCACAGCGCCACGAGGGCUGUCACAGCGCCACGAGGGCUGUCACAGCGCCACGAGGGCUGUCACAGCGCCACGAGGGCUGUCACUGCGCCACGAGGGCUGUCACAGCGCCACGAGGGCUGUCACAGCGCCACGAGGACUGUCACAGUGCCACGAGGGCUGUCACAGCGCCACGAGGGCUGUCACAGCGCCACGAGGGCUGUCACAGCGCCACGAGGGCUGUCACAGUGCCACGAGGACUGUCACAGUGCCACGAGGACUGUCACAGUGCCACGAGGACUGUCACAGUGCCACGAGGGCUGUCACAGCGCCACGAGGGCUGUCACAGUGCCACGAGGGCUGUCACAGUGCCACGAGGACUGUCACAGUGCCACGAGGACUGUCACAGUGCCACGAGGGCUGUCACAGUGCCACGAGGGCUGUCACAGCGCCACGAGGGCUGUCACAGUGCCACGAGGGCUGUCACAGUGCCACGAGGGCUGUCACAGUGCCACGAGGGCUGUCACAGUGCCACGAGGACUGUCACAGUGCCAUAAGGCUGGGAGUAAGGAGUUCACAGGAACUACGUGA